UGAUCCGGUUUCCUGUAAACUAUGACCUGGAGACGCUGCCCAGACUGUUCAGUUCUGAGGUUCCAGACCAGGAUGCAGGACGUCGGGGUGUUUAGUCUGUCUUUAACACUUCUACUCACAUGUGUAAACUCUGCUGUUCCACCGCCGUGUGACAGUGAAAUUUACUGCAGCGGGCCCGUCUUACAUCAGGUCCAAACAGCGAAACUGUUCGAUGAUGACAAGUACUUUGUUGACAUGAAGCUGAAGGCACAUCCUGAUGUGGUUUUAUCAGCCUUCCACAACCUUUCCAGUCAAUCACCAAACAUGACCGUCUCGUCUGAAAACCUGCGACACUUCCUCAGUCUGUACUUUGACAAACCAGGGACAGAGUUCGAGCCGUGGACGCCACCGGACUGGCAUGACAAGCCACAAUUUUUGGGAAAAAUCAAAGACCAACAACUCCAAACCUGGGCUGAAAAGAUCCAUCAUCUGUGGAAGUUACUGGGCAAAAAGAUUGGUGCCGGUGUUAAAGAUCACCCGGAGCUCUACUCGCAGAUAUACACUCCACAUCCUGUCAUCGUGCCUGGGGGGCGCUUCAGGGAGCUCUACUAUUGGGACUCCUACUGGGUCAUCAACGGGCUCCUGCUGUCGGAGAUGACAGACACAGCCCAUGGGAUGAUCCAAAACUUCCUCCACCUCGUCAACAGAUAUGGCUUUGUUCCAAAUGGUGGGCGGAUUUACUAUGAAAGGCGCAGCCAGCCUCCAUUCCUCAGCCUAAUGGUGGAGAGCUACUAUCAAGCAACCAAGGAUAAAGACUUCCUCAGAGCAGCUUUACCUGCUCUGCAGCGUGAAUACCAGUUCUGGAUGCAGAACCGCUCAGUGGUUUUGAGGGUAAAUGGGACAGAGCAUGUACUGAACAACUUUGACGUGCAGGUGGGGUUACCCAGGCCUGAGUCGUACACAGAUGAUCUGGAAUUAGCUGAAGGACUUACUGAUGGUUCUAAGGAGCAGUUGUGGAUGGAUCUGAAGGCCGGUGCAGAGUCUGGCUGGGACUUCUCAUCCCGUUGGUUCAUAAACAGUGACGGCCACAACAGCGGCGUCCUCAGAGACACCCGAACCAGCCAAAUCCUGCCCGCUGACCUCAACGCCCUGCUGUGCCGCAACGAGAAAACGCUCGCUUCAUUUCACCGCAUCCUGGGUGAUGGUGACUCAGCUGCACUGUACGACCAGGCUGCCGAGCGCAGACUGGAGGCGAUGGAGGCGAUGCUGUGGGACGCUGAGAGGGGGGCCUGGUUCGACUACAGCCUGAUGACGCACUCCAAACACUUGGAAUUUUACCCCUCCAACCUGGCACCUGUUUGGGCAGCGUGUUAUUCUCAGCCUGAGAUGGCAGAGAAGGCAGUGCAGUAUCUAAAGGGGAGUGGUGCCCUCCAGUUCCCAAAUGGAGUUCCGACGUCCCUCCAUCAGUCUGGGCAGCAGUGGGACUACCCCAACGCUUGGCCCCCAUUACAGCACAUGCUCAUUGAAGGUUUAUCCAAACUGCCUUCAGAAGACGCUCAAAACCUGGCAUUUGAUUUGGCCCAGAGGUGGAUCCGGACCAACUGGCUGACCUACAUGAAGUACGAGGCCAUGUUUGAGAAGUACGAUGUGAACGGAGAUGGCAAACCCGGCGGAGGAGGGGAGUAUGAAGUUCAGCUGGGUUUCGGUUGGACCAACGGCGUGGCCCUGCAGCUCCUGGACCAGUACGGGUCCACUCUCACCUCAGCUAGCGGACAUGUGUCUUCUGGACUCCUGCUGCCUCUGGUCUUCUCAGUUCCCAUCAUGCUCCAGUGAAUCCGAGGUGACAGCGGAGUCUACCCGAGGGUGGGAGUUUCCUUUUCCAGGUUUCGCUGCACUACAUCACUCCUGUUCACUGACACUUCAGACAAACGCAGGCAGGAAAAUGUCUUCUAACGCGGCCUGACAGCUUUUCUACUGCAUAUACGAUCAGGACGACGUCUACGCUCAGAAGGAAUCGAUUAGAAUUAAGAAUCGCUUUGGCUGAUAUUUUAAUAUUUAGCUGCUGAGGUCGAUGAUCUCUGGGAAAAAACAGAAAAUAUGAUUAUGUAAGCAAAUGAUCAGGCUUGAAUUACAGCAGUAAUCUACAAAAAAACAGCUAUCGAUCUCAUGAUGAAUUCAAAUAUCAGGAGCUGAGUCUUUGUACCUUCGCGACAGCUGAGGUUGAAAUUUUUGUCAUUUGCUUAUUUUGCACAGGAUUGUGUUGAAAUAUGUGCUGAACAUCCAGAAAAUCCUAAGAAUCUCAGCCAAAUGUUUUCAUGUAAAUACUUGCUGCUGAAAUCAAAUAAAUAAAAAAUACACUAAUUAUUUGU